UCAGAGGUGGGGGUGGAGCCAGGAGCCGAGGGCAGCAGUCCAAGUUCAAUAUCCAGGCUUGGACUAAGAAGUGGCAUGUAACAUUUGCGCUAUACAAAUGCCAGACAAUGACCAUCGCCAGGAAAGGACAAUCCACCCAUUAACAGUCAACUGAAUUGUCCACUUUCAACAUUAGAUUUGAAUCAUGUUCAUGCUGUGGUUGAUAUUUGAAGUACUGCUCGUAGUGAAUGGUCUACAAGGUGAUGAUGAUGAUGAAUGGAUUGAUCCAACAGAUAUGCUGAAUUAUGAUGCUGCUACAGGUAGAAUGAGAAGGCCACAACAGACUGGAACUAAGGAAGGAGACACUGAAACUCUGACUACUGGGGAUUAUACAGAAGUUAAUCAGGGAAAAGAAUUAUGUCCAGAUUGUUCUGGUUGUGAGAGACAACUUGAUAAUUUACAAAAAAGGUUUGAAGACUGUAGAAAGAAAACAUCAACUGAAUCAACAGAAAUCGGUUGCAGUCCUGUUUUUAAGAGAUACCUGAAUAAACUGCUUUUGGAGACUGGAAAAUUAGGUUUGCCUGAUGAUGAUAAUGAAGUUCAUUAUGACGCCGAAAUUUUUAUUACAAAACAGGACAUAACUGCGAUUAAGAAGUUUCUCAGUGAUAAGGCAUGGAAGGCUGGUGCUUUAGAUGAUGCACUCAGUAAAAUUUUAAUUAAUUUUAAGUUUCACGAUUAUGAAAGUUGGAAAUGGAGAUUUGAGGACACAUUUCAUGUGGAUCCCUUAACAGCGUUUCUGUUGUUGGCCAUGCUAACAUUUAUUAUUAUAAUAUUUCACAUCGUAUGGAUUGUUGCCCCACCAUUUACACGGCCUUAUCGAUUCUUCUUGUUGUGCUUUCUAAUUAGUUUUGUUUGGAACUGGGUGUUUUUAUACAAGACAGCUUUUGCUAAGCGACAAGCUAAUUUUGCCAAGUUACAACUUGAUAAACCCAUGUGUACAGGGGUACAGAACAUGGAUUGGAAAGGGAGCCUGCUUGAGUGGUUCAGGCAAACUUGGACAUUACAGAAAGACCCUUGUGAAUUGUACUACGAGGCUCUGUUAGUGGAUCCAAUUUUGGAGGUUCCCCCAACCAAGGCCUUCAUGCUUACUGUAACAACACUGAUCACUGAACCACUGAAACAUAUCGGGGAGCCUAUCAGUCACUUUUUCCGCGAUCUCCUGAAAGACCUACCAUGGAUCUGGCAGUUCCCUGUGACCCUGACAGUUAUAUUGGCUGUUGUUGCAUUCUGCUAUUCUUGUGGUCAUGCAGUUGUCCGAUAUGGUUUAUCUAGAUCACUUCCAAAUGUUGGUCCUCAAGCUCCAAUUGCACAUCAUAAUGUGCCAUAUAGUGUACAUGGGCCUGUUGAUAAUACCUUAUACCAAAGGGGAGGAUAUGUGGAUUACCAAGCUGGGGGUGAUGCUAGUUAUUUUCCUCGUAUCAGAAGAGAUCCCAAUCAUGAUGCAGUAACUGCAGAUCCCUUUGGGCAAAGAGAUCUAAAUUCCCAGGGUGUGGAAGAUUUAAAGAAUUGGGAAAGAGCUGAGAUGGCAAGUAAUGGGCAAGGUGACAAUCAUCUACGUAGAAGAAGAGUACCAAACCAUAAAGAUUGUCAUUGUGCUAGGUAUACUCCUGACCGGUUGGUGUCAAGUAAUGAAGUCAUUGCACAACCAUCAGAGGAAAAUCCUGACACAGAAGAUGUUGAUAUUUACCAAGCUCAAGAGAUUAUUGAACAGUGCAAAAGUAAUAAUUUCCAAAAUAAGAAAGCAACUGAGUUACCUGUCAGUAAAUUACACAAAGUGAGACGAGCAAGUGAAGAGGAUAUACAGAGUAGAGUUCCUGAAGAACUUGGUACAGCAGACAGACCUCUUGAUGCAGUUUCACAGCUUCCAUCAGAAAUGAAUGUCACCGAGUUGGAUGUUACUGAGAAAAAGCGAGUACAGGAAAAGAAGCAUGAAAAUGAGUUACCCAUCAUAGAAAAUGUGGGAGUGCAAAUGAUCGCAACAGGAGACCAUCUCUUUAGAUUCGUGCUGCCUAGGAGCAGUUUGCAGGACAGUGGUGCAAGAAACCGAAUGAUAUCCUACGUUCCACAAGGGAGAAGCUGGUGUACAACCAUGCUGAGAGGGCCAAGACCAGCAAAGGUGAUGCCAGAUAAAUUCUCACCCCCUUAAAAGAAAGACCCAACAAGCCAGCCAGGGAUGACUGGGACAGUUCGUGUGAAGACGGGGAAACCUGAAUAACCAACAGCCCAGUAAACAACUGGGCCUAACAGUUCGCAGUCUCUCUAUGAUGUGCACGGCAACUCUGGAGAGUCCUUAGCUAUUCUCUGAUGAGCACAAAAACAAAUGAGCUGACUUGCAUCACCUAUUCCGCAUCUUCACCAACUAACACUUUCCAUCUGCAGGUCCUACCAACCCCAGCUCAAGGGGUUUCAGCCUGAGCUCCAGGUACCUUCUCUUCUCAAGGAUACAGGACAAUGCCAACAGGCACUCCCAGGGAGGAGAACUGACAGACAGCAACCUUAGCAGCAGUUUCUAAGGACUCUCCAGAGUUGUCCUGCUCCCUCCACUGCCAGAGACCUCAUUGCUUCAAGCAACUCAGAUCAAAGAGGAUGCAAGUGUGCGUCAUACAGAGACUGUUAGGCCCAGAGGAUACCAGCCAGAGUCUUCAAAGUAACCAGGGUGUACUUCCUUCACCACAUUUACUGAAGUCAGACUUGCUCCUGGAUUGUAGUCCAAGAUUCUAUAGGCAAAUAUUGGGACCACUGAAGGUAAUCCUAAAAUCUACUGGAGGAACUAACACCUGGGAUGUCCAAUUGUCCGCACGUGUAGCUUAUUGAAAGAAUAGUGGAAAUUUUCAUGUGUCUACUCCAGGUUCCAGGAGGGAAACAUCUGUCCUAUGACUGAGGUUCUCAAAAGCCAGAGGAUAUGGUGGAGGCUGGUACAAUUGCAACAUUUAAAAGGCAUUUGGAUGGGUAUAUGAAUAGAAAGGGUUUGGAGGGAUAUGGGCUGGGUGCUGGCAGAUGGGACUAGAUUGGGUUGGGAUAUCUGGUCGGCAUGGACGGGUUGGACCGAAGGGUCUGUUUCCAUGCUGUACAUCUCUAUGACUUUAUAUUCAACACUGAGAUAAGCAAUGGCCAAAUCAUGUUUCAGUGUAAAAUAAGUGUGGAGCUAUGUCAUUGUGCUAGUAGUGUUGUCGGUGAGGAUCCUUGGGCUUUGCAAGAGUACAAUGAGGACUCAUUUAAAAGCACUGAAAGGAUUAUGAGGGUAUAAAGCACAAAAGGUGCACACUUAGGAUGUGGAACAAAGCAGUGAUAUUCACCAGGGAAUGGACUCCCUGAUGGCGCUGAUAUGUCUAGCAUGAUUAUUUUUGUGCAAACAUUCAGGAGUGUGAGUAGUAGAACUAACUGCUCCAAGUAUCACAGCUGUUUUAGCAUUAAUUUUGGUCUAGGGUAAGAUUUCUGCAUGCAUUUUCGUUGUUAGAGGUGAGGAUAUCAGAAUCAUAAUUGAAAGAAAAAGUCCAUGUUUGAUCGUUUAGAUCAAUAAAUAGAAAAAAAAUACCCAGCUCUGAAGGAAUGUGGCAAGCAGAGAGCUGACUAACCACAUCAAUUAAGUAUUAACAAGAGCUUAAGUCUAACAAAGCUCAUGCAUCUUAGAAUCUGGCGACUACAAGUUGUAGCUCAGUUGACCGUCUUUCAAUCUUUGAUAACCAUCUUAGCCCAUCUUUGGAUUCUUGCCCUUGUCCUCUUCUUUGUUGACCUGCUGCUGAAUCUCCUCAGCAAGCGCACCCCUACUUUGGAAAACUGAGAUAGUGCUAGAUGCAGUGGAUUGCUAUGAUGCAAGAGCCUUGUUUGGGUUAUACUGUACAGCACCAUCCAGAGCCUCAUCUAUGCAAGGUCUGUCAGUGGUCUGAUCUGCAAUGUGUGAGAUCUCAGGCAUGUGUGUGCGCUGCAUUAUAUCUCUGUAGAAGGGAGCAUUUCUUAGAAGUGUCAUAAACAAAAUAUGAAGGGAUAUUUGUUGACAAUCCUUGUAUGAGCUGAUAGCCUUUGAAAAAGUGGUCCAGGAUAUAAGUGUUGUGUAGUUUCUUAGACAUCUAGUGCAGAUCUGCAAUAUGGUCACAAAUAGUUUAAAAGUUAUGGAGUGGAAUCCUUUGUUGACAAAGGUUUGCGGUGGGUCCUUUGAUAGCUAUGUGAGCACAUUCAACUGCACCCUGAACUGGUGUGAUACCAGCAAGAUCAGAUUCCUAAUGUGUGAGCUAUCUGACUCUCUCCAUCAAGGAGAAAAGACUUAAAUUGGUGGGCUGUUAUAAAGAAAGAAUCAGUAAUAUCCUAGAACAAUCUACUGGUGUGGAAAUAUAGGGCAGCUGCUAUCUGUAGGCUACCAGGUUGGGAUUAUCUGACCUCAGGACCUUGUCUAAAGCUUUAGGGAUGAUACAAUGGCGCAGGGUAACCUGAGUUUUAUUCUACUGUUUCUCACACAUUUGCAGAGUUACACCUAAGCCUGUAGAUUCUGUUUUGUAUAAGAACUAUCCUUUGACUUGUUCUUGUCCGGCUGCUUCUCCCUGUGCCAUGAUUAAAGGAGGAAUUGUUGGAUUGACUUCACCCAUUAUUUGUCACAGAUCUUUUACAAGUGAAAGUACACAGUCUUAGUAAAGAGACAUUGUAGCUCUGACCUCAUUCCUCAUGAAGUUCCUAGAUUAUGCUCUCGGAGGUUAAUCUUGUUCCAGUCUAAAGCCACAAAAUAUUCUGUGAUUCUGCAUUGUUGUGCUUCUUGAAAGGGCAGUGCAAUUAGUUCUGUCUUAUAGAAGUAAGAAUUAAUUUCCCAGAAAUGCUAGGGAAGCAAUGGGUCUAUAGGGAAGGUAGAAUUGAAGAUGCUGGCAAAAAUUAAUGUGACUGAAAGCUGAUAAAUCUCCAGCACUGAAUAAUUUGCAUUCCAGAGUACUUUAAGAGGUUCGUAUUAUUAUUGGCUGACCAUUUUCAAAAAUUCUGUAGAUUCUGGAACAGUACCAGCAGAUUGGAGGUUGAUUAGUAAAACCCCCCUAUUUUAAGAAAAGGGUGGGAAAGAAAAGCUGGGAAUUACAGAUUGUUAACAUCAAUAGUACAGAAAAUUCAGGAGACUGUCUUGUAAAGGGAUUUAAUAAUGGAUUUAUGAAGGGGAAACUGGAGAUUUCAGGAUGUAACUUCUAAAAUAUAUAAGCUAUGUUGUAUUUGGAUUUUUAGUAUGUAAAAUCAAAGCAUUUCAAAUAAAAAGUAAAUAAACUGGCACGGAUUGAGAAUUGGUUAGGAGACAAGAAACAUUGGAUGUACGUUUGCUAGCUGAGCUGAAAGGUUCAUUUUCAGAGGAUCCGUCAUCAUACUAGGUAACAUCUUCAGCAAGUCUCUGGACAAAAUGUAUGAAGAUGAACCUUCCAGCUCAGUAAGCAAACUGAAAUCCAGAACCCCAACCUGAGCUACAAAUCUUCUCAAAACUCACUGACAAGAAACAUUGUAAGAAGAAAUGGGUCAUUUUCAGAAUGGGAGGUGGUGAUUUGGGGUACUGCAGGGAUUAGUGCUUGGGGUCCCAGCUGUUAACAAUGAUUUGGAUGUGAGCAUAAGAGGUAUAGUUAGAACUCUGCUGAUGACACCAAUAUUGGAGGUUACCUCAGAUUACAACAGGAUCUGGACCAGAUGGGCCAAUGAGCUGAGAAGUGGCAGAUGGAGUUUAAUUUAGAUAAAUGUGAGGUGUUGCAUUUUGGGAAAGCAAAUUUUAGUAGGACUUAUACACUUAAUGGCAAGGUCCCAGGGAGUGUUGCUGAACAAAGAGACCUUGGAGUGCAGGUUCAAAGCUCCUUGAAAAUGGAAUCACAGGUAGAACAUAGAAAAUUACAAUGCAGUACAAGCCCUACGGCCCUCGAUGUUGUGCCAAUCCAAGCCCACCUAACCUACACUAGCCCACUUUCCUCCAUAUGCCUAUCCAAUGCCCGUUUAAAUGCCCAUAAAGAGGAAGAGUCCACCACUGUUACUGGCAGGGCAUUCCACGAACUCACGACUCGCUGAGUAAAGAAUCUACCCCGAACAUCAGUCCUAUACCUACCACCCUUAAUUUAAAGCUAUGCCCCCUCGUAAUAUCUGACUCCAUACGUGGAAAAAGGUUCUCAUGGUCAACCCUAUCUAAACCCCUAAUCAUCUUGUACAUCUCUAUUAAGUCACUCCUAAACCUUCUUUUCUCCAAUGAAAACAGCCCCAAGUGCCUCAGCCUUUCCUCAUACGAUCUUCCUACUGUACCAGGCAACAUCCUGGUAAACCUCCUUUGCACCUGUUCCAGUGCCUCCACAUCCUGCCUAUAGUAUGGCAACCAAAACUGCACACAAUACUCCAGAUGCGGCCGCACCAGAGUCUUAUACAGGUAGAUGGGAUAGUGAAGAAGGCGUUUGGUAUACUUUCCUUCAUUGGUCAGAGUAUUGAGUACAGGAGUUGGGAGGUCAUGUUGCAGCUGUACAGGACAUUGGUUAGGCCACUGUUGGAAUAUUGCGUGCAAUUCUGGUCUCCGUCCUAUCGGAAGGAUGUUGUGAAACCUGAAAGGGUUCAGAAAAGAUUUACAAGGAUGUUGCCAAAAUUGGAGGAUUUGAGAGGUUCAAUAGGCUAGGGCUAUUUUCCCGAGAGCAUCGGAGGCUGAGGGGUGACCUUAUAGAGAUAUAUAAAAUUAUGAGGGGCAUGAAUAGGAUAUGUAGACAAAGUCUCUUCCCUGGGAUGGGGGAGUCCAGAACUAGAGGGCAUAGGUUUUGGGUGAGAAGGGAAAGAUAUAAAAGAGACUGAAGGGACAACUUUUUCACUGGCAAGUGUAUGGAAUGAGCUGCCAGAGACUAGUACAUUGCAACAUUUAAAAGGCAUCUGGAUGGGUAUAUGAAUAGGAAGGGUUUGGAGAGAUGUGGGCCAGGUGCUGGCAGGUGGGACUAGAUUGGGUUGAGAUAUCUGGUCGGCAUGGACAAGUUGGACUGAAGGGUCUGUUUCCAUGCUGUACUCUAUGACUCUAAUACAUAUCAACAAUUUGAAUGAGAAAAAUCAAAAGUAAUAUCUCUACAAGUUUGUUACAGCACAAAGCUAGGUAAGAUUCUGCAUUGGUGUGGAGGAUAUAAAGAAGUAUAAUGGAAUUAAAGUAACAGUAAA